AUGAACACAUCCAAGAACUAUCCUGGCCAAAAUGAUAACUGGAAAGAUCUUGACAAUACCUGGUUUACUCAUUUCUUAGAGGAAGUAGAAAGGUUGGAUCUAAAUAAGGUCUUAAAAGAAAAGAUAAACACAGAACAUUUGCGUUAUAUGCAAUAUUUGCAAACAUUCUGGCAAAAAAUUAUUAAGGAAUAUAAAGAAAAUUUAGAACCUAUUAAUACAUCUAAUUCAAUCAAAGUUCAAGUUAAACAAAAGGAAAAGUUGAAAAGAGUAAGAGAUGAUGAUACAACAGAAAGUUCAGAAUACUGGAAGAGACAAAGCCAAAUUUUAGAGCAAAACAAAAAUAAUUUAGUGUAUAGACAAGUUAUUGAUAAUGCACUUCUUGUUAUUUCAGCAUAUGAAAGUCUUAUUGAAGAUAAUAUCAUACCUUUUAUUAAGAUUCUAAAGACCUCCCUAUUAUUAAGGUCACGAAUGUCUCUGUCAUCAGCAAAUGAACCUGUACUUCAGGUAAUUGUAGAAAAUCUUUUGCCAUCAGAGUAUUGUAUUCCAGAGUUUUCAUUAGUAAUUAAUGGCAAAAAGCCAAAAGGCUCAGGUCGUUUUGGUUAUUCAGAUAUUUUUGUUUUAAGUAAUAUAGGAAAUAAUAAUGUUAUUUUAGAAUUAAAAUAUAUCUCUUUAGUAGGUCUUAAUAGAAAUCAGAAGAAUAAUUUGGGUGCAAAUGAACUGGAAAAUCUAGACAAAUUACUUGAAACAGAAAAUGAAGAAUCUAUAUUAAAAAGACCAUAUUCAUAUUGGUCAAAGGAGGAUAAAAAAAUGAAUUUAACUACUAUAGGUGAAAUACUAAAUAAUGGCAUGAAUCAAUUAAGUUUAUAUAUGAAAACAAUUUCAAAAGGAAGAGCUAUGAAUUAUUCUAGCUCAGGAGUGUUUGAUGAACGUGUUAAAAUAUCAAAAUCAAAUCCUAAUAAAUUAAAGGGAUUUGUUAUAUUAGUAAUUGGCUUUCGUCGAAUUUUAUGGAGAUCUGUUGAUGAAGUAACAACUAACUAUAAAUAUAAUAAGGUUUAA